AUGGUAGGAGGCAUUUGAUAAUUGCUCUGGGAUAAGCGAUUGUUUAGCUCCGGUUGCCCGGGUGACGGGAGAACGGUGAGCCGCACGAGCGGGGAAGACCCCGCGGAAAGAUGACAUCACAGUCGGAACUCCCCUCUCCUUAGCACAGCCAACACAAGGCUGUUGUUGGUGGAAAGCGAGACACAGCACAGGUUCGACACAAAGGCUCCAUUGACGGAUAAUCCAGAGGAUGGUGUCAUCAUUUCUGAAGCCUGAAUGUGGUUCCGAAUCUGUGUCCAAAAGUAAACGGAUAAGCAGCGCGCGUGCUUUACCAGAAGGUCUCACACUUUUUGAACAGCGACAGGCAGCACGCCACACAAAGCAGAAGCUCAUGUCCAAGUUGAGUGACUCUGGUUUCGAGGAAGAUUUGGUAUCCUCUGGGACUACAUGUCGGUUUCGGAAAGAAGUGUCCCACCUCGGGUCAAACCAACUGGAUUUUGUUGGAGGACAGUUGUCCAACUGGUACCUUCAGUAUGGAGACGUUGGUUUCCAGAUCCAAAGAGAGCAAGAGGAGCAGUUUCAUACUUGCAAAAGUCUUGCAUGCCAGCCACAACUGACAGCAGAAGCACGGUGUAAACUGGUCAGCUGGCUCAUCCCCGUCCACAAACAUUUCCAUUUGUCCUUUGAGUGCUGCUGCCUGACGGUGAACAUCAUGGACCGUUUCUUGGCAUCUACUCCCGUCGCUGCUGACUGCUUCCAGCUCCUGGGUGUUACUGCGCUUCUUUUAGCCAGUAAACAGGUGGAGGUGUGCUCACCACCAGUCAGCCAGCUCUUGUCAUUGUGCUGUGAUGCUUUCACCAAGGAGCAGCUCUGCAACCUGGAGUGUCUCAUCCUUCUCCGCCUCAACUUUCGCCUUGCUGCACCCACUCUGGCCUUUUUCCUGGACUAUUUCAUCAGUUGCAUUGAGGUCACCCAGCUGGUAUUUGAAAAGAAUAGCAGUGACAGGUUUUCAGCAAAGACCAGGCAAUGCAACAACCUUGCACAAAAAGUGUGUGAGUUGACUUUAGCAGAUUAUACUUUUAAUAGAUACCCACCAUCUCUGACUGCUAGCUGUGCACUGAGACUAGCCAUUGAGAUGCUGAAAACAGAAUAUGGCAUUGCUGAGAAUGCAAUCUUUCAGUCACAAGUAGACAAGUGGGACAGUUUCAAAGAUGAACUAUACACACAACCCAUUUCUGUCCAACCAUGCGAGAACCCUGAAUGCUCUGACAGUGACUCUGUGGCAAUAAAAGAUCACCUGCUGUCUAUAAAUGUGGUGAAUUUUUACAGCUGCAACCUGGUGCAGGAAUGCAAAGACAAUCUGAAGCUGUUGGUGUCACUGAACCAAGAGACACUGGAGUUGAUGUGACUGCACUAAUGCCUAAUUCCUUUAUUCUUUGUUGUAGUAAAUGCUUAACUUAGAACAGAGAUAAAGAUCAUGUUAAGAGAGUACUGUUUAUACCUCCUAUACCUCAUAUUCGGCCAGAUGUUUGCAAUUACUGGAGGUACUGAAAACUUAGUAUUAAUGCAUUUUUAUUUAUUUGUUGUAUUUUGCUGUCUAUUGAUGAUGCACUACAUAUUAAUAUAUUUUUCUUAUUUUCCAUUUUCUGUAUAUGAACUGAUUUGCUGCAUGGUUUACAAGUCGUACCCUCUGUAAU